CCUCUACGACACUUUCCCAAGGUGCCUAGUUCCUAGCCGCACAGAGAGCGCCGAGAGAAGCAAGAUGGCGGACGUGCUAGAUCUUCACGAGGCGGGUGGCGAGGAUUUCGCUAUGGAUGAGGACGGGGACGAAAGCAUCCACAAACUAAAAGAAAAAGCGAAGAAACGGAAGGGCCGCGGCUUUGGCUCUGAAGAGGGGUCCCGAGCGCGGAUGCGGGAGGAUUAUGACAGUGUGGAGCAGGAUGGCGAUGAACCAGGACCACAGCGCUCUGUUGAAGGUUGGAUUCUGUUUGUCACUGGAGUCCACGAAGAAGCCACUGAAGAAGAUAUCCACGACAAAUUCGCUGAAUAUGGGGAGUUUCUGGGCUAUCCAGCCUCUGGUGCCUGGCCUGUUGGGCUUAUCCCUCUCAAGCUGGACCAGUCCUUGGUUGGCCACUCCUACAAUUUCUGCACCCACUUUUACUCCAGUACAUCCUGA